AUGGCGGAGUUCGGCCAGCUGACGCAAAUCACAGUCGCCGGUGAGAAGGCGCAUUCGGGCGAGUUGUGCAAGUCGAGUUGCAUGCAUCUCCAGAGCUCGAGACAAACAUUCAAAUCCAGACCCCUUCCUUGUCGACAAAGCGGUAAGCCAGCAGAACACAAGGGAAAAUGGCAAAGCGGGGGUCAGCGCGAGACUUCAGGCUGUUUCUCAAGCAAUGAAACGCGCUUCAGUUUCGGCAACGCCUGGAUCCUACUCGCCGAUCCCUCUAGCAUUCCAACAGAUCGAAGAAAACCCUCAGGCCUCCCCGCCUCCAAGUAG